GCUGCGCAGGCGCAGUGCGGCCCGACCUGGUUGAGGCCUAGCGGUUCCCCCAGUCGGCCGUACAGUUAGUUGUGCGAUGAGCUGCAGCUGGUAACACUUCCCCUCCUCAGUGUGGGACUUGCAGCCUAGCGGGAGAGCGAGCGGAGCCUCUGACAGCCGGGGCCAUGGAGACGGAUUACUACAGCCCCGAGCACUCAGAUGAUGGAGGAGCCACUCCAGUACAGGAUGAGCGUGACUCUGCCUCAGAGGACGAAGCGAAUGAAGUUGGAAGUUCAGGGCACCAGUACGAGAAUGAACAUAGCGAUGCAGAGGAGGACAGGAGAGGGGGUGCCAGUGGAUCGGAGAAUGAUGAAGCUGCUGAAGGCAAUGAGUCAGACGAUGAACAGCAUAGAGGUCGCAACUCCAGUGACUUGGAAAAUGACAGCUUUAAUCGCAAUGCCAGUGAUUCUGAUUCAGAUGAUGAGGCACAUCAACAGAAGGGCAGUGAUUCUGAUAAUGAUCAUCCCAUGAAAGGUCCUGGCAGUGAUUCUGACGAUGAGGUUCAUUCUAGACAUUCAGGCAGUGAAUCUGAGGAUGAUGCACCAAGCAAACAUCAGGGUAAUAACUCUGAUGAUGAAGCACCUGCUAAAAACCGUGAAAGCGACUCUGAAGAUGAAGCUCCUGCCAAGAGAGCAACAAGUGGCUCUGAAGAUGAAGUUACAGCCAAGCGGGCAGGCAGCGACUCUGAAGAUGAAGCACCUGCCAAGCAGGUGGCAAGCGACUCUGAAGAUGAGGCUCCUGCCAAGCGGGCGGCAAGCGACUCUGAAGAUGAGGCUCCUGCCAAGCGGGCGGCAAGCGACUCUGAAGAUGAGGCUCCUGCCAAGCGGGCGGCAAGCGACUCUGAAGAUGAGGCUCCUGCCAAGCGGGCGGCAAGUGACUCUGAAGAUGAGGCUCCAGCCAAGCGGGCGGCAAGCGACUCUGAAGAUGAGGCUCCAGCCAAGCGGGCGGCAAGUGACUCUGAAGAUGAGGCUCCAGCCAAGCGGGCGGCAAGUGACUCUGAAGAUGAGGCUCCAGCCAAGCGGGCGGCAAGUGACUCUGAGGAUGAGGCUCCAGCCAAGCGGGCGGCAAGCGACUCUGAAGAUGAGGCUCCAGCCAAGCGGGCGGCAAGCGACUCUGAAGAUGAGGCUCCAGCCAAGCGGGCGGCAAGCGACUCUGAAGAUGAGGCUCCAGCCAAGCGGGCGGCAAGCGACUCUGAAGAUGAGGCUCCAGCCAAGCGGGCGGCAAGCGACUCUGAAGAUGAGGCUCCAGCCAAGCGAGUCGCAAGCGACUCUGAAGAUGAGGCUCCCGCCAAGCGGGCGGCAAGCGACUCUGAAGAUGAGGCCCCAGCCAAGCGAGUCGCAAGCGACUCUGAAGAUGAGGCUCCCGCCAAGCAGGCAGGUAGCGACUCUGAAGAUGAAGCUCCCGCCAAGCGGGCAGCAAGCGACUCUGAAGAUGAAGCUCCUGCAAGGCGGGUUGCAAGUGACUCUGAGGAUGAGACUCCUGUGAAGCGCACAGCUGCCAAUAAGCGAAAGAAAGUUGCAAAACAUGCGAAAAGUGACUCUGAAGAUGAAGCUCCUGCAAGGCGGGUUGCAAGUGACUCUGAAGAUGAGACGCCUGCUAAGCGCACAGCUGCCAAUAAGCGAAAGAAAGUUACAAAGCUUUCAAAAAGUGACUCUGAAGAUGAAGCUCCUCUGAAGCGUGUAGCUGCCAAUAAACGUGCAGCUACCACUAAGCGAAUUGCUGCUGCCGCCAAACGUGCAACAAGUGACUCGGAAGAUGAAGCUCCUCAGAGACAUGUAGCUUCUUCAAAGCAUCUGUCUAAGCGGACAACCUCUGCCAAACAUUCAGCGAGCGACUCUGAAGAUAAUGCUCCAGCAAAGAAGGCAGGAAGUGACUCCGAUGAGGCUCCCCCGAAGCACACAGCAAGCGAUACUGAAGAUCAAGUUCCUGCUAAGCGUGCAGUUAUUGAUUCUGAUGAUGAUGAUGUACCUGAGCCAAUGGUUAUUAAUGACGAUAAAGCUCCUCCUAAAAGUAUUCCUUCUGAUUCAGAGGAUGAAAAGCCCGCUAAGAUAGAAGACAAUUCAGAGGAUGAAUUUCCUAGAAUGAAGAGGAAAAUUGUGUCAUCUGACGACAGUGAGGAUGAUUUUAAACCUGACCCUAAGAAGAAUAAGAAGUCCUUGCAGCGCAGCUCCGGUAGUGAUGAUAGUGAAAAUGAGGGUACGAAAAAAGAAAGACCUGAAAGUGAAGGAGAUAAAGCAGGGAAAAGGAAAGCGGCAAUCUUGACAGACAGUGAAGAUGAAGAGAUGGCAGAUAAACCAGGUAGUAAAAAGAACCGGAUCCUCUCCGACGGGGAUGACAGUGACAGUGAUGCUGAGAAACCACAGAAGAAGAAAAUUGGUUCUUCUGGCAGCGAGGAGGAAGACGAAUCAAAAACACAAGGAGAAAAUAAGGAUUCAGAGAAUAAGUUAUUUGGCAGUGACAGUGACUCUGGAAAUGAAGAAGAGAAUCUGAUUGCUGAUAUUUUCGGUGAAUCUGGAGAAGAAGAAGAGGAAGAAUUUACGGGUUUUAAUCAAGAGGAUCUAGAUGGGGAGAAAGCUGCAGCAAACAAACAAGCGGCCACAGCAGAUUCUGACUCUGAUGAUGACAUUCGAUCUGGCAAACAAGCUGAUUUCAGAUCAGAUUUUGAUAUGAUGAUGGAGAGAAAAAAACUCAUGAGUGGUAAACGGCGAAGAAACCGUGAUGGAGGUACUUUCAUCAGUGACGCAGAUGAUGUAGUCAAUGCUAUGAUUGUGAAAAUGAAUGAAGCAGCAGAGGAGGACCGAAGUCUCAAUUCCACCAAGAAGCCGGCACUGAAAAAACUAACUUUGCUUCCAACCGUGGUCAUGCAUCUUAAAAAGCAAGAUUUGAAAGAGACCUUCAUUGAUAGUGGUGUUAUGUCUGCCAUAAAGGAAUGGCUUACUCCUCUUCCUGAUCGCAGUCUACCAGCUCUGAAAAUCCGGGAAGAGCUACUGAAGAUACUUCAGGAGCUGCCUAGUGUGAGCCAGGAAACACUAAAGCACAGUGGCAUUGGUAGAGCUGUUAUGUAUCUCUACAAACACCCUAAGGAGUCAAGACCCAACAAGGACAUUGCUGGAAAGCUGAUCAAUGAGUGGUCACGGCCUAUCUUUGGACUAAGUUCAAAUUACAAAGGCAUGACCAGAGAGGAGAGGGAACAGAGAGAUCUGGAGCAGAUGCCUCAACGCAGAAGAAUGAGCAGUUCGGGAGGUCAGACGCCACGUAGAGACUUGGAGAAAGUGUUAACAGGAGAAGAGAAAGCCCUGCGGCCUGGCGAACCUGGAUUCUGUGCUCGUGCCAGAGUUCCUCUACCAUCCAAUAAGGAUUAUGUUGUCCGUCCAAAGUGGAAUGUAGAGAUGGAAUCCUCUAGGUACCCGGGGAACAGUAAGAAAGGUGUGAGCCGACUGGACAAACAGAUGAGAAAGUUCACAGACAUUAGGAAGAAGAGCCGCUCUGCUCACGCCAUCAAGAUCAGCAUAGAGGGGAACAAGAUGCCUUUGUAACACUUGCAUCUCUGGAUGUUCUCAGAUUAUUGGAGUAAUGAUGGAGCUCCCAUUGAACAUUUUCCUUGUCCUGUUGCUCUUUGGACUCUUUUCGAGCCUUUUGCAAUAUUUUAAAUGCAUUCUGUGCCCUUGUGGAGACCUCGCAUCUCUUUAGUACAAGAUUCAUGACUCCAAAACUAUGAACUUUGGCCCUACUUUCUGGGAUGUAUUUAAUGCUGUGUGUACAGAUCGAAUUCUCAGCGUACCUCAUUGUCUGGACCUUAGACAAUAAAUUCUUGUUUUGUUUUUUAA